AUGAGCUGGCUGUCGGAUUUCGAGCAGAACGGCUUUGCUGUCAUCGAAAAUGUCUUCACAGCUGAUGAGCUGACAGAAAUGAAGAACGAAAUCAAUCGAAUAAUCAGCGAAAUCGAUUUGCGCGAUCACCCAAAAUGCGUAUUUUCUACGCUUGAUGAGAACAAAGUGCGGUCAGCCAUUCGUUUCCAACAGCUUCAGCCUUGUCACACUGUGAGUUUUCAGCAUCUUGUCGACGAUUACUUCCUGAACAGUUCCGACAAGAUCCGAGUGUUUUUCGAAGAAGGCGCGCUCGAUAAGGACGGAAAACUUGUCACCGAAAAACAUGAAGCCUUCAACAAAAUUGGGCACGGUCUUCACUUGGAGAACCCCGUCUUCAAGCGCAUGUCUUUUCAUCCGAAGAUCAAGCAAUUAGUAAAGGAAAUACACUAUGAAGAUCCUAAAAUCGUGCAGAGUAUGUACAUAUUCAAGCAGCCAAAGAUUGGUGGCGCAGUCACUGAUCAUAUCGAUGCAACUUUCCUUUACGUAGAGCCUAUUGACCAUCUUAUUGGUAUUUGGAUUGCUGUAGAUGAUGCCAACGAAGAAAACGGAUGCCUGGCAUUUAUUCCAGGGAGUCACAAAAGAUCUUCCGUUGACUAUCGCUUCAGGCGAACACACAAAACGGAUGGCAGUGCCCUUUUGAAGUUUACCGGUGAACGGCCAACCUACGACCAGACGAAAUUCGUGAAUGUACCCAUCAAAAAAGGAUCCCUGAUUGUCAUCCAUGGUCUCGUGGUUCAUAAAAGUGAUCCGAACAUAUCAUCAAAAAGUCGGCAUGCGUACACUCUUCAUAUUAUGGAGGCCAAAAAUACCAAAUGGAGUGAGGACAACUGGUAG